AUGUCAGACUCUCCUGAUGGUCUCUUCAACUAUUCAUCAGGACGCUGGCUCGUCAACAAUGAUCUUCGCCUCGCAGAGCGCAGACGUGAGUUCGACGUCGACGAGCUUUGUCGACUUGCGGCGCAGUCUGUUGGUCGGAGUUCUCAAGAUAUCGACACAUUUGUGAAGCUCGCCGAGGGCGGCUUCAACCGGACUUUCCUUAUCACCAUGCAUGGCGGCUUCGAGAUGGUAGCCCGCAUCCCGUACCCCGUCACGGUCCCCAAGUUCUACGCUAUCGCUAGUGAAGUGGCCACAAUGCGUUUCCUCCGUUCCUCUGGGUUGCCUGUUCCCGAGGUUUACGAUUACUCUCCUUCGUCGGACAACGCUGCGAAGACGGAAUAUAUUUUCAUGGAGUUUGUGAGAGGUACGAAGCUCAGCGACGUGUGGCUGGAGCUGGAGGAACCGGAUAUCGUUUCGGUCUUGCGUCAACUUGCUCAACUCGAGUCUCGCAUGAUGUCGAUUCCUUUUCCGGCUGGUGGAAGCCUCUACUAUACCAACGACCUGGAGAAGGCGGCAGGGAGGACGGGUAUCCCGCUCAACGACGAGCGCUUCUGCGUCGGUCCGGAUGCCAGGCUGCAUAUGUGGUACGGAAGGAGGUCGCAGCUCGACGUGGACAGGGGACCAUACGAAAACGCCGAGGCAGCGCUCGUAGCAGCAGCUCGCAAGGAACUGGCGUAUCUGGAACAGUUCGGUCGACCGCUACUACCGUUCCAGCGUGAAAGAAGGGAGGCUUACGGGUACAAGGAGCAGUCACCGUCGGACCACAUCAAGAAUCUCGAACGCUACCUUCUCAUCGCAUCCUCGCUCGUCUCCAAGAACUCAGCCCUCCAUCAUUUCCGUAUCCGCCAUCCCGAUCUCCAGCCGAGCAACGUCAUCGUGUCGACGUCGUCAGACUCUAACCAGUUGAAAAUCGUGGGCCUGCUCGACUGGCAACACGCCUCGAUCCUACCCGCGUUUCUCCUCGCUGGUAUACCAGGUCACUUGCAGAAAUACGAUGACCCGGUCUCGCAGGCUCUCAUCCCACCCUCACCGCCGGCGGACAUGGACGAGCUGGACCAAUCCGAGCAGAGCCACGCGAUGGGACUCUACCACCGCCGUCUCGUCCACUUCCACUACGUCAAGAACACGGAGGAGUACAACAAGCUCCAUCACGAUGCGUUGUCGGACCCCGUGUCCAUGUUCAUCUACCGCCUUUUCGACCAAGCCGGUGCUCCAUGGGAGGGUGAGACUCACGCGCUGAAGACUACGCUGAUAGAGGCAACGGAGAUAUGGGGGAGGCUUACGGGGGAAGGUGUGCCGUGUCCAGUCGCGUUCGAACCCGAAGACCUACGCAAGACGAAGGAGCUGAGCGCAAAGCUGCAAGUAGCGGACGAGAAUUUUGAGGGGUGCCGAGACAUGGUUGGUUUCGAGACAGAGACCUGGGUGUCCAACGAACACUACGCAAUGGCCAUGGCCCUCGCCGAGCUGCUAAAGCUGAGGGUGUUGGCAGAGAUCCCGGAGGAGGAAGUCCGAGCUAAGAUUGAGGCGAAUUGGUUCUUGAACGAUAUGGACGAAAAGGAUUACAUGUAA